AGGAAUUCGGAUAACUAGAACAUUGACCCUCAAUGCAAACCCAUCCCGUAUGCUAUAAUGGUGUCUCUUAAAUUAGUUUUCAUGUGGUUUGCGUUGGUUGAUUGGUGUGCGAACACUACAUCUGAUGUGAGGUUAGUUUUGGAAUGAUUUUCUAAGCUGUCUUUGCUUUAUAGUGUGUAAACUGUGGCAUGUGCCUGGGAUUAGGACAUUUCAUUGAGGAUUUUAGCAGCACCCCGAUGGUUCUAUGCUCAGAAAGAGAACUUCAUGGCCUGAACUUCAAAAAGUGCUUUGUUUGCUGGGACGUUUUCAGUUUGCAGCUGAAAGAUGUUCAAGUUUAUCCGGAAACAAAUUCACAAUCACCUUGUGGAGCGUAAAAUUAGGAGAACUCGUCUUGUUACAAAGGAUGGCCACUGCAACAUUAAAUUUGGGACUACUGAAUAUCACAGCCACUUUGCUUUCCUUAUGGACUUCUGGACUACGUUUGUUGAGAUUCGCUGGUGUUUUGUAAUUUUUUUAUUUGCCGCUGCCUUCACGGGAAGUUGGUUUAUUUUUGGUUUGCUUUGGUAUUCGCUUGCAAAAAACAACGGAGACUUAGAUGUUCUCCAGAACUCGUCUGAAUCCCAGAGGAUGAAAUGUAUAGAUAACAUUAACAGUCUCACGACCGCCUUCUUGUACUCUUUAGAGACCCAGACGACUAUUGGCUAUGGCGGUCGGGCUCUCACGGGUCACUGCCCGGGCACAGUCGCCCUGUUGAUCAUCCAGUCCCUCAUGGGCGCCAUCAUAAACUGCUUUAUGUGUGGACUCAUUUUGGCAAAGAUCUCUCUCCCGAAGAGAAGAGCAAAGACUGUAACCUUCAGUGAAAUAGCGGUCAUUUGUCUUUGGAAGGGGAGUCUAUGCCUCCAGAUACGAGUGGCCAACCUACGAAAAACUCUUCUUAUUGGCAGCCACAUUUAUGGAAAGCUUCUCCGGACCACCAUCACUCCAGAGGGAGAGACCAUCAUACUGGAUCAGGUGAAUAUUGACUUUUUGGUGGAUGCUGGGAAGGACAACCUGUUCUUUGUUUGUCCACUUGCACUGUACCACGUGAUUGACAAAUCCAGUCCGUUUUCCGAAAUGGCUGCAGACACUCUUCAGCAGCAGGACUUUGAGUUGGUGGUCUUCCUGGAUGGGACGGCUGAAUCCACCAGCUUGUCCUGCCAAGUACGAACUUCCUACCUUCCGCAGGAGAUCAAGUGGGGUUACAGCUUCCUGCCCGUCAUCUCUCGCACCAAAGGUGGGAAAUACCGUGUCGACCUGUCCAACUUUUCCAAAACGGAGCCAGUGGUGACCCCGCACUGCGCUUGUUGUUUCAACAACAAACAUAACAAGGAACUCAUUCUCCACCGACAUGAACGUGAAGGCAUCGAUAAUCUGGGAUUUGAUGUUAUUGACCUUCGAGACUCUGUUGAUGUAACUGAAAAGAGUGAUUAAGAGCGACUGAUUAAAUACACAGUGAACAUCCUGUGAUUAUUGUGGCAUUUUGUACUGUAAAAGUUAGAUGCCACAUAAAAGUGGAGAGAGGAAGAGGAGGGUCCGUUAUGUUAUGUUCCCUUAACGACACAUUGGCUGUGUUCCAAAACCUAGUGAGCUGCCUAUGUAGGCAGACUUUAAAGGAAUCAUGAGAUUCUGACACAAAGCCUGUUCCAUAAGGUAGCAUUUGUAAAAACAAGAUAAAAACAAGACAACCAAGAUGGUGGAUAAAUUGGGAGAAUUUUGCAAUUUUAUCAGGAUACUUCAGAAGAACAGCAUUCAUUUAAAAUAGAAAUCUCUUGUAACAUUAUAGAAUUAUCUAUUGUUAUAGAAGUAUGACCGUGGCAAACUACACAGUACCAUUUGCAUGAUGUACAGACUUGGUGGCUAUAAAUACAGUUGACAUGAUGGCCCCACCUACCUGUGGGUGAAAACAAACCCCAGUUACCAUAGUGACCCAUUCGGUUUAAGGUGGAAAUGAAGACAAAGGCUGUAGACAUGCACAUUUUCAGAUGUUUGUUUGCACAUGCAUCUCACAUCCUGUCAAUGAAUUGCUUUUAAUCACAAUAGCCUUCUUUUACACCAUUUUAUUCAGUUAAAAAAUGUGGAUUUUGUUUUCUUAAUUUGAACUAAAAAACAAAACUUUUUUUUUUUCUAAAUAACGUAUUUAUAGCCAAGUCUAUUGGAUAUUUUCUUUUGUUCCCCCCAUACUAAACCACACCUUCAGUGUAUAAAUCUGAAACCCCCGGAGAGUGUUUCAUAUCAUCACUUGUGAGGUUUCUUUUGUUAGGAUCCAACCUUAGAAUGCACAUGUCUUCGGGUGUUCAUUUGAGGAUUAGAGCACAAGCCAAAUUAGAUUAAAGAGAAGCAUAAGAGCAAGCCACUAGAAGGCAAGCCUGCAAUCAUUAGCUGAAAAAGCGUAACGGCUAAAGCUAACGCUUCCGGUCUGGCAGUACAUGGGGAAAGAAAUACCAAAGGCUGUUUUUUUUUUUUUAAUGGAUGUCAAUGGAGGAGAGGCUUCACUCUGCUGAAUUAACAGCUUUUUAGAGGAAACGGCUUAUCAUUUAAUGAAUCGACAGCCUAUCUUCUAAUCUGUGUUUAUGGCACUUCCCAUUCAUUCUGACUGAGUGUCGCACAACUCUGAAUGAAAUUCAGUGACGUCAGGGCUGUAAUGUGAUUGGUUAAGGAAGACGUUAAUAACCAUUUAUUUUUAUAACAAAUUCAUUUUAUUUUAUAUAAAUGGUUAUUAGUUAGCCCUUUUGCUUUCUCCAGUAGUAAGUAAUACAGGCCCUCUCAUCUCCCUAUAGUAAGAUAAUCUCUGAUAAGAGGAGGGACUGGAACCUCGGUUCUCCUCCCCCAACAUAUGUUACUAAAUAAUAUGAUUACAAUAUUA